UUUUGGAGGACUCAUUGUGGAAGCUUCCAUUGUUUACACUCCAGUCUAUUGUGCGGCGCAAAAUGGAAGGAAUUAGAUUGACUAUUGCUAUUCUUUGGCUCUUAUCUGACAGUUCAGCCACUCCAGUAGGUGUAGAGGAGAAUUGGGGUGAUGGGUUGAAAGUUAUGACAACAUACAUGCCCAAAGAGUGCGAGUUCAGAGCUCAAAAUGACGAUGUCAUUCAUUACCAUUAUGUUGGGAGGCUUGGCCAUAAUGGCGCAGUGUUUGGUAAAAGUUUUGACUACGAUUCUCCAUACAUUGUUGCUCUGGGGCAAGGUCGCAUUAUUGCUGGAAUGGACAGGGGAUUGGUUGGAACCUGUUUGUGGGAGCGUCGCCGCAUAGAGUUCCCUCCAAGUCUUGGUUAUGGGGACAGAGGAGUUGGGGAAAUGAUUCCACCAAAUGCAACACUAGUGUUUUAUAUUCGACUCAUCAAGCUUAAAAGGGAUGGAGUAGCUCUAGGAGGAUUGUUUAAUCUCAAGGAGCACUGGAAUCAAGGUUUGACUGAUUAUACUAAAGGGAAUCAUGAAAGAGCUGCAGCUUUUUUUGAAAAAGCAAUUUCUGAAUUUAAUCAGUAUCAAAAAAUGGCGGCAAUUUGUUUUAACGAUUGUAAGAACAAUACAGAUAUUAAGUUAAAUAGCAAACAAGAGGAUUUACUUUCCAGUAGUGAUUUGUCGAAGCAGUUUGUUCCGUAUUUAUUGGAAGCUCAGUGUGUGAAGAGAUGCAUACGUCAGAAAUUGCCACACAUGUCUAUUCCUGAUCCUGUUACACUAGAUAAGUUUAGGAAAAGGAUCCCUUAUUCUUAUCUGCAAUAUUCAUAUUAUCAAUUAGGAAAUUUGGAUGAAGCAAUCAAAUGUGCUCUUAGUUUCUUCUACUAUCACACCAACAACUCCAUGAUUCUCAAUGCUAUUAAAUACUACAGGGAACAGUUAGAACUGACUAAUGAUGAUUUCCCAUCGCGUGAGGCUGGUCUCUUAACCCACCAUGAGCACUACUUGGCUGGUAAGACAGCAUAUAACAAUGAAAAGUGGCUGGAGUCAGCUGAUCAGUUUGAAGCAGCACUCAUAAAAUACAAAGAGACUCUCUCCAACUGCUUGAUACUCUGCGAUGAUGUUUUAUUCCUCAAUAUGACUCAGGAGUUUGUUGAUGCAGAGACAAACAUUAAACUGAACAAGAUGAAGCUAGCACCUGAUGCAAUGGAUUAUUACACUCUCUUACAAAGUAUGAUUCACAAUUAUUUGACAUGUCACACUAAAUGCCAUUCUUGGAUGGCUACCGUCAAUGGAGAAUAUUUUGAUAAAUAUCUUUCCGGUCAUUUCCACUAUCUUCAAUUUGAUUACUUUAAAACUAGUCUUUUAAACAAAGCAGCCGAGGCUGCAUCUACUUAUCAAGCAUUGGAACCAUCAGAUAAUGUGAUGGCUGUUAAUAUCAAGCACUUUCGCAGUAAAAUGAAUGUGCCACCUGAUCAAUUCAAACCUCGUGAGGAUUUUUUGAACAUUGAAGAAUAUUACCAAACAAAGCAAAGACUACUCCAGUUUGCUGCCAGUGGGAUCCCUCAAAAGCGAAGUGGUAGUCGUGGUGAUGCUGAAAUGAUUCACGAAGAACUGUAAAUAUUGUUUUGCUUUCCUUUUGUCUUAUACUUUUGUGCCUGUGUAAUGGGCUAUCAAUUGAAAGCAUGUCUGAUUCAUUAUGCUCUGCACGUGCUCAAUUAGAACAAUUUUGACAAUUAUUAUUAUUUUUAUUCA